AUGCAUCAAAGUGACAGAGUAACCUAUGCAGCCCUGGAUGCUAAGAGCAACGCCCUUGCGCGAGGCCUUGAGUCUGUCGGCGUCCGCAAAGGGCACCGUGUUGCAGUAAUGCUUGGUAAUUCUAUGGAACAUGCUAUUGCAACUUAUGCGCUGUUCAAACUUGGAGCUAUUCUCGUCCCCGUAAAUCCUUCGUUCAACUCAACUCAAGUAGUUUCGGCGUUGAACCACCUUGAUACAAGUCAUUUUAUAGUCAGCGCCGAGUCCAACCUCCCAAGAAAGCAACCACGGAGCAACAUCCCCCUCCUCAAACAUAUAAUUCAGGACCUUGAUACGGCAAAGCUGGAGUCCGAAUUGAUUCCCUCGCUCCAACAAGUCAUAUUUGUGGACAACUCCAAUGGCCGAGUCAACAGCUCCGAAUAUAAGUCUCUUACCCCCUACUCAUCGAUAAUAUCCUCUGUCACCGCCGAUAUCAGUCCCCUCCCGCCUCAGAACCUCUCGCCCCACGAUAUCGUCAACAUACAAUUCACAUCCGGCACCACUGCCAUGCCCAAAGCAGCCUGCCUCAGCCAUCGCUCUAUUCUCAACAAUGGAUCCCAGAUUGGUGACCGAAUGCGUCUGACCUCCCAGGACGUCGUCUGCUGCCCCCCACCACUCUUUCACUGCUUCGGAUCCGUCCUCGGAUACAUGGCCACCGCGACGCACGGGUCGGCUAUCGUCUUCCCCACGGAAUCAUUCAACGCAAAGGCCGCCCUAACCGCCGUGCAAGAGGAGAAAUGCACCGCCCUCUACGGCGUCCCGACCAUGUUCCUCGAGGAGCUCAAACUCCUCGAAGAUGGCGAGAUCUCAUCCGAAGGGUUCGAGUUUCUCCGCACAGGCAUCGCCGCAGGGAGUAGCAUCCCAGCCGAGCUGAUGAAGAAGCUACAUCGGGUGCUCAAUCUCACCGAGCUUACUAUCUGUUACGGCAUGACGGAGACCAGUCCAGUGUCUGCUAUGACUACGACCGAUGACCCCAUCGACAAACGCAUUUAUACAGUCGGUCGACUGAUGCCGCACGUCGAAGCUAAAAUCACCCACCCCGCCGACCCAAGCCAGAUCCUCCCCGUCAAUGUACCCGGCCAAUUAGCAGUCAGCGGAUACCUCCUGAUGAAGGAGUAUUGGAACGAUCCGCAGAAGACGUCCGAGGUGAUGAUUGCAGACGAACAAGGGAAGAUAUGGAUGUUGACAGGCGACGAAGCCACCCUCUCAGAAGACGGCUACAUCGCCAUCACAGGCCGAAUCAAAGACCUGAUCAUCCGUGGCGGCGAAAACAUCCACCCGCUGGAGGUCGAGAAUUGCCUGCUCACGUACCCCGAUGUAUUAGAUGUUUCGGUCGUGGGGAUCCCAGAUGAGCGAUACGGCGAAGCCGUGGCAGCAUUCAUCAUUCCCCGCAGUGAAAUCGACGAGGAUAGAUCCAGCGAGAUGAUUAAAAAAUGGGUCAGUGAGCGUCUAAGCAAUCAUCUAGUGCCUAAAUACGUUUUCUUCCUCUCCCCACCCGACACAUUCCCCAAAACAGCGAGCGGCAAAAUCCAGAAAUUCAAACUAAAAGAAGACGCGAUAAAAAUCUUGAAGGAGAAGAAUGCUACGAGCUGA